AUGACUAUUGCGAUUGUUCCUCAAGCUGAUGAGUUUGCUGUUGGAGAUGGAAGCGAUGGACUUCCUGCGCCCGAUCACUACUUUGUCUGCGCCAACGACGGCCACGUUACUCUCGCCAUCCCCACCGAGUUUGUGGCCGAUGGUGUGUGCGACUGCUGCGAUGGCUCGGAUGAGGCUAGCCUGACACAGGCUGACCGUGCCAAGCUCCCGCAUGCCUUGCCCGAGGGUUGUCCGAACACGUGUGCCGCCGCUGCGUCGGCCGCCGCCGCUCUGCGGCUCGCCGUCAAUGAGCGGCUGGUCGCAGGGGCCAAGGCACGCGCUUUGUAUGCCGCAGAGGGAAGCAAGGCCGUUGCUGCUGCCAAAGCCGCCUAUGCUAACGCUACUGUUGAGGUUCCGGCGCUCCGCGAUGCACUGGCCGACGUCGAUGCUCGCAUCGAGUACGCCAAGACCACUGGGCCGGUCGACGAGGGGCAGCCGUCAGAUGAGAGCUCCGAUGCCGACGACAUCGAGAUGUUCGAGGGUGAGUCGGCAAGUCCGACGAUGUCUUGGUCACAGUGGCUGGCAGGCACGCCGCUAGCGCCGCUGGCCAACAUCUUUGUGGCGCGCGAGCCCGAGCCGCUGGACCUGUUGGUCGCUGAGCGCGAGACCAUUGCUGCGCGGCUUGCUGAGUAUGAAAAGCGCGAGCGGGAGGCCAAGCCGCUGGCAACACUUGAUCUUGGUGCCGACGCUGCGUUCUAUGCCCUUGUCGGCAAGUGCUUCUCAACCAAGACCCGCGAGUACGAGUACACCGUGUGUCCGUUCGACAAGGCCGAGCAGGGAUCGGCGUCAGGCUCCGGCAUCCGCACCAACCUGGGCAAGUUUGAGACCUGGGUCGGGCGCGGCUACAGCCUCAUGGCGUUUCGCAACGGUCAGUCGUGCUACAAUGGCCCGCAGCGGUCGAUGACUGUCUCACUCGAGUGCGGCGCAGUCGAGGAGCUCUCCGCCGUCUCCGAGCCGGAAAAGUGCACCUACCGCGCUGUCCUCCGCACACCAGCCGCUUGCUCCGCCGAUCUCGCGUCGUACGACGGCGAUCUCUCGGCCUCGAUUCCCGGCGUCAUCUACACUCAUGACGAGUUGUAG